AUGAAUACCUUUUCGCGAAUCGAUAGUGUUAACUCGUGGCUGCCAUCUGGAAAGCUGUCUUGGAAUUAUUCUGUGAAGUUCAAUGUCACAGUGACUGAUAAAAAUGGCGUGUCUGCUCCAACAUUUCAUUUGUCUGUGCAGGUUGAACCAUUUCCAGAACUCUUGAGACCAGAUCAAAUCAGCAGACGCAUAACAGCAAAUGACAGCGAGUUUAGUAACGCAAUCAAAGAUGGGGAUCUCAGCAAGGCAGAACAGAUAGCAAAUCCAGUCCUUCAAGCACUUUUAGAAGAUACUACAAUGGAUUCAACCAAAAAAUCCACGAUUCAAGACUUCAUCAUUGAAAAGAUUGUCUCACUGCAAGUGAAAAGUCUUCCAGACCUUUUGCAAAGCUCCUCCAUUAUAGGGUCUGCUCUUCAGGAAACAGUGUCUCUCAAGUUACUGGGAUCCUCAUUGUCUGCUAUUGAUUCAAUGACAUCAUUCUUAUGGAACACUGCUCAAGCAAAAGAAGUGGCAAAGGUACCGCUGGUCACCCAAUCUGCAGAAAACUUAGGUUCCUGUCUUAACAGCUUGCUGAAGGCAGGAGCAGUCAUUGCAUCAGGAGAUGAUGGUUCUGAUCUUCAAGAAAAGAUGGAGAUGAAACAGUGCUUCCACCGUUACUUGAUGCUUGAGGCCAUGCGUAAAAAGAUGGAGGCCAUUGUGGCAUUGACUCAUUGA